CUUGAAAUAGAAGAUCUUACGUAGUGAGAAUCAUCGAUAUACAAAGAACAACACCAUGGAUCCUGCGAGUUUUGAUGCCCUACAUUAAGGUCACYUGCAUGAAACUCCCUGACUACACACUAUCCAAAUAAAUUACUAAAAGAAACCUUCGAUACCGAUGCAAAAUGGACUUCACAACAGACCAACUCUACUUCUUCAGGCUGUGUUACGUCGUCUUCAACACUGUUCCUGAAUGUUUACAAAAGAUUUUCAAGCAAGAAUGGGAUGCUUUAUACACAGCUACUAUUGGUCAGUGGGAUGACACACCUGCUAGUUAUGAAAUGUUUUACAACAUGGAGUCACCUAAGAAUCAGGCAAAAAACGAACGUCUUCUGGAGCGGAUGUCAAGUGGAGACAGAAAGCAGUGGGAUUGCAGUUGUUUAUUUUAUGCAAUACUUGACUCAGAUAGUCUGGGGUCAAGAUCAACGCUUGUUGUUAAUAACAGUGUUGAUGAAAUACGAACAAUUCUUAAAGAAUUGGCACAUAACAAAACCGCAAAGUUGAGUGAAGCUGAGUUCCAAACGUGCAUGCAAAAGAUUAAGUCAGAAUUCUCAUCCUUAAAGCUUGAUAUUACAAAAAUUGAAGAAAUCAAUAACCAGAAAUGUUUGCCCACAGAAGACCUCACCAAAAUUCAGAAAGAGCUAAAGAGGACUGUAGAGGUAAUGAAGAACGCCGAAAAAGAGGUAGAAAACGAAAAGGGACGCAUCUCAGAACCAACCUCUUUUUGUAUACUACCACCGCCUCCCUCCCAUGAUACAAUAUAUAGAAAGAAAGAGGUCGACAAGAUACACGAGGAGAUGCAACGGUUAUCAAGUGACAAGAAGGGGGGGACGACUGUGCUCUACUUGUCUGGGAAUCCAGGUUCUGGAAAAAGUGUGAUGGCUAAACAUAUUGGAGAGAAAUUCUACGAAGAUGAUGACAUCAAAGAGAUGUUAACGUUUGUAAUGACGCUUGAUGCCUCUACCUUGGACACUUUGCUGAAUUCAUACAUAACGUUUACAGAGAAGUUAAACUGUUCUCUGGAUUCUGUAAAGAAUAUUACUGCAUCAAAAGAUCUUUCCAAGGAAGAACAAAUCCUCCAACUUAGGGCUCUUGCCAAUAAACAAGUGGCCAAGUAUUCGAAAUGGUUGAUCAUUGCUGACAAUGUAGCCGGUGAUUUAAAACUGUUCUCCAAAUACUGGCCUGAUGGUGAUAAAGGACAGAUUCUUGUUACUACCCAAGACAGCCACUUCAUUGGUAAUAGCUCUCACUACCACCAUGUCUCACUCAGUUCUGGUAUAACAGAAGAGGAUGCCCUUCAACUGCUUUCUAAAGUAUCCAGGGAUUAUAGAGAUGUCGAAAACGCGGGAAUGAUGCUGAAAGUAUCCAAAGCAGUGCAUUUUCAACCACUUGCUUUAUCUUUUAUAGCCCUAUACAUGCGAAGUGUCCGCACCAUCAAUGAAGGCUACACAUGGCUUCAAUGUCUGAAGGACCUGGAGAGUGAAUACGAAAAGGUACAACCAAUUAACGAGAAAACCAGUUUGUCGUGCAAAACAAUUCUGACUGCUGUAGUGAAUCUAAUCCUCCAGAGAGAGAUUAGUGAAGAAGUUAUGCUGCAUGCAUUUUGUUUCUUAUCUGUCAUUGCGUCAGAUCCCAUUCCUUUAAAGUAUGUUGUCGAGUACGUGAUUAAAUGCAUGCCCGUCGCAGACAAAACUACAGUUGUCACGACAAUUUGUUCGUCGUCGCUAGUGCGUUUAAUGGUCCAAGGAACAAAGAAACUUUGCGUCCAUCAAGUUGUUUACGACUGUUUGCAAACGAAUAAAGAUGUGGCAAGAAGCAAGGUGGACAUGCUUACAGUGGUUUCUGCCUUCUCUCUGCUUCCAACCAUUAAUGAUAAAUCGUUAGUCAAUAGUUUGGCCGUUACAAGACCACUAGCAAAUCACCUGGUGAUCAUUGCAAGAAGGCUAAUCGACUAUGUCAUCAAAGAGUCCAUAAGCGAAAAUGAUCUAGGCGAUCACGUUUUCAAAGUUCUCAACAAUUUGUCAUUAGUUUUAUUAAAGCACGGCAGUUUUGAGAGCGCACAACAUUUUCUGCGUCUGCUUUUAGCAUUGCAAGUGUCUAAGUCUAAAUUGUCGACAAGUUCAAGAGAAGUGCUCAUCGAUUUAGUGGAUGCCUGUCACAUCAAAUAUAUUCUAAAUAUGAACAUAAAUGGCAUUCAUCCAUCGGUUAGCCAGACAUUGGACAGUUUAGGCGUGACAUAUCAGAAACUAGGGCGACUUCAGGAAUCAGUGGCAUACUUCGAAAAGGCACUUGCCAUUAAAACAGCAGCGUACAGUGAAAACCAUCCAUCAGUGGGUGUUACCAUGAGCAACCUAGGCAAUGCAUACCACCAACAAGGGCUACUUGAGGAAUCAAUAACGUAUUACGAAAAAUCUCUUGCCAUCGCGACAGCUGCGUACGGUGGAAAUCAUCCAUCGGUUGGUGUUACCAUGAGCAACCUAGGCAAUGCAUAUCACCAACUAGGGCGACUGCAGAAAUCGCUAACCUAUUACGAGAAAGCCAUCGCCAUCACAAAAGCUGCGUACGGUGAAUACCAUCCAUCGGUUGGUGAGACCAUCAAUAACUUAGGAAAUACAUAUCAGCAACUUGGCCAUACGCAGGAAUCACUAACCUCUUACGAGAAAGCCCUUGGCAUUUUAACAGCUGCUUACGGUGAACAACAUCCAUCGGUCGGAAAGAUCAUGAACAACUUAGGCAAUACAUGUGGGAAACUAGGCCGGUUGCAAGAAUCAAUAACAUAUUACGAAAAAGCUCUUGCAAUCAUAACGGCUACAUACGGAGAAAGCCAUCCAUCAGUGGGUGACACCAUCAAUAACAUAGGCAAUACAUGCCAGAAACUUGGACCAUUGAAUGAAUCAAGAACAUAUUAUGAGAAAGCUCUUGCAAUCACAACAGCUGCAUAUGGAGAAAACCAUCCUUCGGUGGGUGAGACCAUGUACAACUUGGCCAAUACAUAUCAGAAAGUUGGACCAUUGGAGGAAUCAAUAACAUAUUACGUAAAAGCCCUUGCCAUUCAAACAGCUACGUAUGGCGAAAACCAUCCAAACGUGGGUGCCAUCUUGAACAACUUGGGCAACGCCUACAGACAGCUAGGUAGAUUCGAUGAGGCAAAAUGGAGCUACCAGCAGGCUUUGGCUAUCUUUGAGAACGCCUAUGAUGACGGCCAUCCAUUUAUUUGUGGAACUGUAAAGAAUCUGGGUAUUCUUUUCGACUCUGAAAUAAGAAUGAAUAGAUCGCAUCGAAAAAGAUCAAGAGAAGGAAAUCUAACAAGUGAGAAAAUUCAACAAUAAAUCAGGAUCAAUUUCAUAUAUUCGACGAUUGCCAUAGUAAUGGUCUAACGGUGAAAUAACUACAGGUUUCAUAAUUUCCUCGCGAAUAAACUUUCACUUUAUAAUUCGUCGAGGAGAUGUGACGAAGAGUAGCCAGAUAGAGAACACGAAAGAAGUCCUUUACUGAUCAUAUGUGUGUAACGAGUGAGUGGCCUUUUGGUGUGUUCUUGUGUUUUCCAAGAUUUCUUAAUUAAACAUACCAUUCUUUAUAAGUCACGGCAAUCCAUCCUUCUUUUCACGAAACAGGAGCAGGCUACAAAGGAGACUACUAAACAGACACUCUAAAUCAAAACAAUUCCGCGUGUGACACUUGUGUUCUGCCAUAUUAACAUACUUGUAACCGCACUAAAACGCAUGGAGAGCGUCUAGUUACGUUUUAUGAUCAUAAGUGGAGCUUUUGCUCUUCAGAUUUCCAAGAACUAGUAUCACUACAGAAGAGGAAGUAUCCGGAAUUUGAAAGUAUACAAAAUAGAUUCAAGCUUGGACCACAGACAUCCAAUAUAUACAAUAUAUGUUAAUAUAUAACAAUUUUUACCACACUUGAAUUAUGUAAAUUCUCGCGCCCUGAUUGGUUGAUUAUAGAGUGUACACUGUGCUGACACCAUCACGUCAAAGAAAAGAAUUAUUUUCUAAUUUUUAGACCUAAAAUGUGGUAAAAAAAAUUCGCACGGUUUUUCGUUGUAUGCCCUCUUAUUGACACACUCUUGACGCCAUAAAAUGUUCAAAACUUUGCAGUGAACCCACUCGUUGAGCUCGUGAGUCUACUUGAGGUUGGAACGGAGUGUGUCAAUAAGAGGACACACAACUCAAAAUCGUGCGCAAUUUGUUAAAUAUCAAGAAUAUCAAAAGAAUAGAAUUUUGUGUCUCAUAAGGAUCAGUAUUCUGGAACUAUCAGACACCAAAAGUACUCUUCUGCAGGCACUCAUAAACUUAUAGUACGUUAGGGAAUAAUCUAUCAAUGGACAAAUCACAAUCAUUGGCAUAUUCUUGUGUAGCUGUGUAUAGUUAUAAAAUGUCGGGAUUCCUGUGUGACAGUUGUUUUAACUGAUUUUGAAAAAGUCCUUAACUGUUCAGAAAUUAUAGGUAGGAAGUUGAUUAAGUUUUUUAAAAAAGCGGUUUUUGGACCAAAUUCUUUUUGAUUGGUUUUGGAUCAAUUAUGUUGUGAACUAUUACACAAUAAACAA